AUGAGAAGUGUAUCAUCAAGAUGGCAUCAGUGGUUAUUCCUUGUGAUUUGUUCAUUGAUACAAGUAAAAGCUGAGGUUUUGCAACCAACAGUUGAGAAAACGCUUGUUAAAGACGCCGUCUCAAAAGGAGCUGACUUCUACAAUUGGCACAGAAUUAUGAUCAAAUAUUGCGAUGGAUCUUCAUUCACAGGAGACGUUCAAUCAGUCGAUAAAGCUACCAAUCAACAUUAUAGAGGUGCAAGGAUUUUUCAAACAAUUAUGGAGGAGCUACUAGCAAAAGGAAUGAAGAAUGCAAAAAAUGCUAUUCUUUCAGGCAAUUCAGCUGGUGGAUUGGCUGCUAUGAUUCAUUGUGAUCGUUUUCGAUCUCUGUUACCUAGCACGCCUAGAGUGAAAUGCCUCUCAGAUGGUGGCUAUUUUUUACUUGACAAUGAUGGCAAGAGAGGGAAAGUAUUGGAAUCAACCUUUGCUGCAGUGGUUAACUUGCAUGUACUCUUCCUCAAUCUUUCUCUUUAG